GCCGAGACCAGUUAUAUUAACCCGAUUCAUCUAUUCUCAUUUCCUUACCUUCUUUAAGCUCAAAACAAAUUUGGGCCUUUAAACCUUUACGCUGCCAAAAUAAUAUUUUAAAAAAAAUUAAAAAAACAGUGAGCUUUGUGUUUAUAAGUUGAGAAAUGCUAUGAAAACUCUCUAAAAAGUGGGACUCUCCGUGGACUCUUUGUCAUGUUAUAUUUUCGGCACAAUGAUUUAUAAUGUUGACACGAUAAUUUACGUUAAACUGUGAGAUGACAGAGAGUACAUGAAGAGUGUAAAAUUUCUCUUGUAAGCUUUAGUGGCAUCUUUUACGGUUAAGUUAGGUGGUGGGCCCAACGAACCCACCAUUUUCAAGUAAGGGAUAAAGUGUCAGAGCACUUCGUCGACCUUUUGUAUGGUGUAAAACAGUACAAGAAGACAAUUGGAAACCCAUCCAAUCUCAAAAUCUGAGUCCAAAUCGAAUGGCGACUCCGGUGAAGGUGUACGGACCACCGUUAUCAACGGCGGUGUCAAGAGUGUUGGCCUGUCUCCAUGAGAAAGGGGUAGACUAUCAGCUCAUUUCCGUCAACAUGGCCAAAGGCGAGCACAAGAAGCCCGACUACCUCAAGAUUCAGCCAUUCGGACAAGUACCAGCUUUUGAAGACGAAGACAUCUCCCUCUUCGAAUCCAGAGCCAUAUGCCGGUACAUAUGUAACAAGUAUGUAGAUAAGGGAAACAAGGGUUUGUACGGUAUGAAUCCAUUGGCAAAAGCCUCAAUAGAUCAGUGGCUGGAGGCCGAAGGGCAGAGCUUCAGCCCUCCGAGCUCAACGCUGGUGUUUCAGCUUGCGUUCGCGCCGAGAAUGAAGCUGAAGCAAGACGAGGGAGCGAUAAGGCAGAAUGAAGAGAAGUUUGCCAAGGUGCUGGAUGUGUACGAAAAGAGGCUGGGGGAGAGCCGGUUCUUGGCGGGGGAUGAAUUCUCGCUGGCUGAUCUGUCGCACUUGCCCAACACGCAGUACCUGGUGAAUGCCACGGACAGGGGAGAGCUGAUUACUUCGAGAGAGAAUGUGGGAAGGUGGUGGUCUGAGAUAUCGAGCCGGGAAUCGUGGCAGAAGGUGGUUGAGAUGCAAAAGCCUACUUAAAGUUGAUCAGUCCUGCAGUUAGCUCACUUGAUUGCAGACUUGAAUAAAUUAGUUGUUGAUGUUCUUCAACCAGAAACCUUGUUGUUAGGGUUUGUUGAGUUUGGAGACUGUUUUGGUAAAGAGUUUGCUAAAUAUGUGAUGAUUUCUUGGUUCA